ACAAGCCGAUGGUGACAAUGUCCCUGGGCAGGUCGCUCGAUCCGGACAAUUUAAAAGAAGAGAAUGACAUAUUUUUCGAUUGCAAAGUCGACGCCAACCCGGAUCCAUAUAAGGUCGAGUGGUGGCAUGACAACGACCUGGUGACCCAAAAUCUCGCCGAGGGUGUGCUGGUGAGCGAGUCGACGCUGGCCCUCCAGAGAGUUUCGAGAGAUAAGUCUGGGUCCUAUCAGUGUCGAGCGUCGAAUGUGGAGGGUGACACUACCAGCGAUCCGGUCAAUAUUUCCAUCAAGUACGCCCCUCGCUGUGCCGUUAGCCCAUCCCUGCGUGGAGUAGGCCUACAGGAGCCUAUCAACGUGACGUGUGAAGUUGAUGCUGAUCCAGUUGACGUCACCUUCACGUGGACCUUUAACAACUCGGUGCGGAGGGAGCAGAGCGAGAUCGUGGACAGCAAGAGGUACACAACAGAGAAGCUGCGAAGUGUCCUGUUCUACACCCCGAGGUCUGAGCGUGACUACGGAACUCUGCUCUGCCACGCCCAAAACUCCGUCGGCCUGCAGACCACGCCUUGUUCUUUCACUGUUAUAUCAGCAGGUGCCUUGGAGGUCACCAACUGCGGCUUGAAACCCUACCCCGCACACCCCGGGAGCGUCCCCCGGGGCAAACCGGGUUUCAACGGCGGCCUCCCUCAGUCCUUCAUGUUGGAGGUAUGGCUCCUGGACCCCGUUAAGAGUCAACAAAUCGUCCUGAACUACACUCUGCCUCAGCCCGUGUUCUCUGUGCGUUCACUAUCCCCGGGUCAGCACUACCGCGUUCACGUCACGGCAGUGAAUGGACGAGGCGCCGCUCCUGCUGCUGUGCUGGAGAUUCAUACCCUGAAGGAGGCCGAGAUGCAUAAGAGUUUGCCUUCGCGGUCAGAGCCGUCGCCACUCAUGCUGGUCCUGGCGGUGAUCGGUGGGGCACUGUUAGUGGUGAUUAUGCUCCUGGUGGGCGUGUGGGCGGUGAGGGGCCGGAGGAGGCACGCCCAUGCUCAGAGGGAGGCGCUGCAGAUCCCGAUGAAGGAGUCCAACCCGGAUAUACUUGAAGCAGCGCCCCCACCCACCUCUCCGGGCCACACCAUCAACAUCAGUGUCAUCAAGCAUCCGCAUGACCUCAAUGUGGAUACUUCUCCCUCUCACGACCUGGCGCUGGAUCCCUUGGGCGCCGCCAGAGCACACAGGAACAACGGGACUUCACAGAAAACGGCUUUCGGUGUGUCUGAGCCGCUGCAUAGGCCUAUUGAGAAAAGUUUACAGUCGAGUACAUAUGGGGCUGUCAUCAUACGUUUUUUGUUUGAUAAUGCCUCAUCUGUCACUGUCAUCGGGAGAGGGCAAACUACUCUGGUCUAG